GCUGAUUAAGUUCCUUCCGGGUCAAUGGUAGAAGAGUGAGCUCCGUGGGAUAGUUCCUCGCAACUUACUCUUCCCUGCAUCUUCCUUGUCCCAGAGCGAGACGAUUGUCGUUUCGGCGAUGAGCUCACAGAAAGGGAACGUGACUCGUUCCAGGCCUCAGAGGCACCAGAAUACUUUUAGCUUCAAAAAUGACAAGUUUGAUAAGAGUGUUCAGACCAAGAAAAUUAAUGCAAAACUUCAUGAUGGAGUAUGUCAGCGUUGUAAAGAAGUUCUUGAAUGGCGUGUAAAAUACAGCAAGUACAAACCAUUAUCAAAGCCCAAAAAAUGUGUUAAAUGUUUACAAAAGACAGUGAAGGAUUCUUAUCAUAUAAUGUGUAGACCAUGUGCCUGUGAACUUGAAGUCUGUGCCAAGUGUGGAAAGAGAGAAGACGUUGUUAUUCCGUUUAAUAAAGAACCAGAGAAGACAGAAAAUGUUGAAAAUAAUUUCUGUUCCAGCCAUAGAAGAAGCUGCAGAAGGAAUGAAGAAAAUGAUGAUGAUUUAGAUUUUGAUAUUGAUUUAGAUGACACAGAAGAAGAAGACAAAUAAUAUGACUAUAUUAAAAGUCAGUUUUAAGACAUGAAAUUCUGACCAUCCUUUAAAAAUUUUGUUUUCCCUCUUUAUUUUCGGCUGUGCUGGGUCUUUGCUGUUGCUCGGACUUUUCUCUGGUUGCGACGAGUGGGGUCUUUACUCUAGUGGCAGUGCUCAGGCUUCUCACUGCAGUAGCUUCUCUCUUGGAGCAUGAGCUUCAGUAGUUGACGCAUGUGGGCUCUAGAGCACAGGCUCAGUAGUUGUGGCUCAUGGACUUAGUUGCUCCCCAGCAUGUGGGAUCUUCCCAGACCAGGGAUCACACUCUUGUCUCCUUCACUGGAAAGCAGAUUCUUCACCACUGAGCCACUAGGGAAGCCCUCGGAACAUCUUUGAGAGACAUGGUAGUGCUUAGUCACUCAGUCACGUCCAGCUCUUCGCGACCCCAAAGGCCUGUAGCCCACCAGGCUCCUCUGUCCUUCAAUUCUCCAGGCGAGAAUACUGGAGUGGAUUGCCAUUUCCUCCUCCAUGGGAAUCUUCCUGACCCCGGGAACAAAAAUUGGUCUCCUGUAUUGCAGGCAUAUUCUUUACCGUCUGAGACUUUGAGGGUUUAAAAAAAUGUGGAAUCCUAGUAAGAAUAUUGGAAAAACCUAUAGAAAAUACAUGGACAGUAUGAAUUGUGUAUGAUAUUUGAAUAAUGAUAAAACUUUUAUCCAGAGGUUUCUUAUAUUUUAAAGUAGCAUAUGCUAGUGUAUCUGCCAAAAUGAGUAUUGGAGUAUCAUAUUGCAGUUUAUGAAAAUUAUUGAGAAGAAUACACUAUCCAGUAUCUAACUAAACAAGAUUCAGAAUUGAUGGUUGUGUAAGAACUAUCUCAUGGAAAAAUAAAAUGACAUUCUUCUGUUGCUAGCCUCCAAAA